CCGAACCAAACUUGGUACAUUCUCUCCUCCAAGACCCAUUUGCCGGAGAAACUAGAAGUGGUACAGAAUCCAGCAUGGACAGAUACGUGAUACGUUAAAUAUUUAAGUGCAAAGUAAUAAUGCAUGUUUGAUACCCUUUUUUGCAUUGAAUCAUACUGGGAUGUUUACUGAAACCCCCAAAAACAUCCACCAGCCGCCACUACAAAUAACAUGGCUUUAUCUGAACAUUGAAUCCUUUAUCUCUGUAAAAUAUUAUUCUGUAAAUCUGCGAGGCACCAGGAUGCGCAUGAAGCUGGGAAACCAGGUCAUGUGGGAAAAGUGGACUUUUUUUGAGUUCUCUAUAUACCAACAACACUUUUUAGCUAGUUCUUGCACAAAAUGCAGUUUAUGUUUGCAAAUAAUUGCUCAAGUGAAUCAGACUUUGUCCUGUAUAGAAAUACUAGCACAGUGGAAAUCUGGAGUGAAAAGUCUGAGAAACCCUUCAGGAGCAUUUCUUUCAUGUCUACUUGGAUUCGAGGGUGAUCUGAAGAUCAUUGUGACCUCACGAAAUACGCGUUUUGGCCAAAGCCCAAGAAUGAUGUUCUGAUGGUGUAAAUUUCCCACUAACAUCUAAAAGGGUAAAAUGACACGUUGGACGGAUAUGGACGUAGAACUGCAACUGGAGGCCGUAACUUUCUAUUCUCUGGCUCCUCAUCAUCGUAACGAGGUCAAUCAGCUUCCAGGACGCCCCGGAUGUCCUGAACAAAGCAGAGGACUCGUCCGUCUCUCUUUGGUCGAUGUCGUACUGCCCCCGUGCUCCCAGUCCAACCCCUGUCCAGUUGUUAGCAGAGCUGUUGAGUUUCCCAAGCCCCCUCCACCCCCCUAACCCCCUCGGUGCCCUGGCUCGGGACACCAUUUCCCAUUGCUGCACUCCCCCAGGCCUGACUGCCUGCCUGCCGGCUCUUCUUGGCAGCCAAAUAGCCAGGGGAGGAUCAGGAUGACCGGGCCGGCUGAGAUAAGGACCACAUGAAGUUCCCCACGUUACCUCACCCGAUAAGGAAACAAGCAGAGACAGAGGGAGAGGCAGAGAGGGAAGGAGGGAGGGUCCAACCGAAAGGACGUCAAUGCGGUGCUUGUGUUUUCUUAUUGUAGGGGACCGGCAGAGGCCCGGGGAGCUUUGGAGAGGAGCUUGGAGAUGCUUCAGAGUAGAAUGUUUGAGACCCGAUGAGUGAUUUCAGCUGUUGUUCACCAGUAUUCACAUCUCCAUUGGACUUUUAAAAUGCUUCGAGAGAAGGAUGACCUCAGGCUGUGUGUCCUGUAGUGGAUGAUAAUCUCACAACCAACACUGGAAAGCAAACCUCCAUCCAGCCAAUGAAAACGGACGAAUCACAAGUGAAAUAAGUCUGCUACGGCACCUCGGCGGCAACCAUGGCACUGAACCCCCUGGAAGGUCUCAUGGCGGUGGCGGCGAACCACCAGCUGGUCCCCGAGACGCGGAGUGUGAAGCCCCCCCGUGCGGCAUCCCCCCGCGGACACAGGCUGAGCCCACGCAGCAGCCGGGAGCCCAGGAAGUGGGUGCAGUCUGUGUGUGCGUCCAGGUCUGCCUCUGGUUGUGAGUCUGCGGUCCAGUGCAGUACACUCAGGGGUCAGCACUCCCCAGAAAACGCAGCGCGAGAGAGGAGCCGUGUGCGCAACCUUCGACAAGCCUUCCACAGCCUGCAGGCCGCUCUGCCCUCCGUCCCGCCUGACACCAAGCUGUCCAAGCUGGAUGUCCUGGUCCUGGCGACUAACUACAUCGCUCACCUGACAGAGACGCUGGACCAGGGAGCGACGCUGGCCGAGCGCACCCUGCCCCCCAGGCCGGGGGGGUACCUGCAUCCCGUUAAGAAGUGGCCCAUGCGGUCGCUGCUCUACUGCGGCAGCGUGGGAGAGCUGCUGUCAGGGGUCCAAGUCAAUCAGAUGCACCCACCUGGAAGGGACGGGACACACACGCUGACCCCCACCCUGGAAGCAGAACAAGAGUGACAGCAGAGGACGGGCUUCGACUGGGCCAUGUACCAAGCAGCAAAAGAAACGUUCUCCUCCGGAGACUAUGGUCUUUUAGGAGAAGGCAGAAGCUUUUGAUUUAUCUAAAGAUGAAGGACAGGCCUUAAAUCAACUCGCAUCUCCAAGACAUUUGGUAAAUCUCUUGGCUGACGUUUGAAAGUUGCCUGGUGUUUUUUUAUUGGAAACCCACAUUAUGGUUUGUUGUAUGUUUCGAUAAAAGGCCUUGAAAGUGUUUUUUAUUCCACAAAACCCACACAGCGCAGACAGGUUCAGAUUAACUCUGAAAACAUUCCAUCAUUAUAUGAACUUCAGACCGAAGCAGAUUUAAUGCGAGGAAAUGAAAAAGCUGCUUAAGAUGACUAACGGCGCCACAAAUCACUUCAGCCAUUAUCUUGAUUUAGAGGUCGUAGUGUUUGGUUUUUCUAGAUAUUACUUUUGCUGUAAGGAAGAGAUGGGUGAGUUAAGAAAAUAUGAAAUGUUGUUUUGUGAGGUGCUAUGCCUUUUUAUGUAGAUGUUUGUGGUAUGUGCUGAAGCCUCUGUGUGUGUGUGGGAGGGAGAGGAUGGACGGACAGACGGCCAGUGAGGGAGGGAUUGUUGUGGGAACACAGCUGCUGUCUGAUCACUUGCUAUCUCUGCAGUAAUGACCACUUAGUCCUCAUUACAACCGAGCUGCAGAAUGUAACCUUCUACUUUUGAGUAAAAUACC